CGCGCACGGAGGCUCGGGGCAGGUGGAGCGCGCGCGCGCGGCUCCCGUUCCCGCACGAGUCACAACCGCGCAGCGUAGCCCUUCGCUCCGCACGCGGCCAGCAUCAUCAUGGGCAAGCUGCAGGAAUUCGAGAUCUCCUUCGCCAGCAACAAGGUGGUGUACAGCCCCGGGGAGUCCAUCUCGGGGACGGUGAAGAUCACCACGGCGACCCCCCUGCAGUGCAAAGGCAUCAAGGUGAACUGCUUGGGCUCCUGCGGAGUGUCCAACAAGAUGAACGACACGUCUUGGGCCGUGGAGGAGCAGUACUUCAGCCGUACGCUGUCGGUGGCGGACAAAGGCACGCUGCCCCAGGGUACACACAGCUUUUCCUUCCAGUUCCUCAUUCCAGCCUCCACUCCAACCUCCUUUGAGGGACCGUUUGGGAAGAUCGAGUACCGAAUGCGAGCUGUCAUAGACACGCCCCGCUUCUCCAAGGACUACAAGGCCCACAAGAACUUCUAUCUGCUCAACCUUCUCAAUCUCAACGAAGUGCCUGACAUCGAGAAACCCAGCUCAGCCGUGACUACGAAGAAAUUCAGUUAUCACCUGGUGAAGUCGGGGACGCUGAUGCUGAAGGCCAGGAGUGAUCUGCGGGGCUACACCCCUGGCCAGGUUAUCAAACUGGCCACAGAAAUACACAACAAGUCCAGCAAAGACACUGGCUGCGUCCUGGCCAGUCUCAUCCAGAAGGUCACCUACAAGACCAAGCGGGCAAUCUACGACCUGCGGACAAUCGCCGAGGUGGAGGGGGCGGGCGUGAAGGCAGGCAAGCAUGCCGAGUGGAAGGAGGAGAUAAUUGUGCCACCGCUGCCGCAGUCAGGCCUUGCAGGGUGCAGCCUCAUCGAGAUCGACUACUUCAUCCAGGUCUCGCUGAAGUCCCCCGAUGUCGUGGUGACUCUACCCAUCUACAUCGGAAACAUCGCCGUCAACGUAACCCCGUCGCGACCGGUGCCUCCGACCCCAGCCCCUCGCCUCCCGCCCCGCCCUGCCUCGCACCUGGGCCCCACGUCGAGCCCCGGGGGAUUGACGCCCAGCGCCCCACCGGCAGAGGAUGAGCUGGAGGAGGAGGUGGGUGCCGGGGGACUGGUCAGCGAGGAGAUCCCCACCAAGAGCCACUCUCAGCAGGACGCCUCUGGCCGCCAGCCCUCUGUGUCCCCCAGCGCAUUCAGCUACGCCCCAGGCCUCACCUUCUCCCAGAACCAGCGGCGUUCGGACGAGACGGACUCCUCGGGGCCCCUGUUCUGCGUCUCCACGGGGGCUACCAUCCCGUUCUUUGUGGAAGGCAGCGCUAACCCGGUGCCCACUUCCUGUCCGCUCAUUUUGCCGCCCGAGUACAGCAGCUCCGGGUACCCGCACGAGCCCCCACCCAGCUACGAGGAGAGCUGUAGCAGUGAGAACUCCAGCUUCAGCGGCAGGAGGUAGACCACAAGGCAGGGUGUGAGACACCACUGUUGUCUGUCUCCCUCAAGGAGCCCUACAGCCCCCUACUGGACAAAUGGGACACUGCAUCAGCCUCUUUUUUUUUAAAAAAAAAAUUUUUUGAAAAGGGGACUUUAGCUCAUUUC